AUGCCUGGAAAUAACUCUACAAAUCAAUCAUCCACUGUUGGAUUCUUCUAUAGGCACAGAAAAGCAAUCAUCACGACUGUAGUAACGGUUUCUACUGCAGCUUCGGCCUACUAUAUUUAUAAGAAUCUACAAUCUGUUGAAAAGUCUAGAAAUCAUAAAGACGAUGAUAAUGAUAAUAAUGAUGGUUAUGACGAAGACGGUUCCUUAGCAUCCUCAACUACCGCCACUACUGCUUCUUCCAUUUCAAAAAGUAAAAAAAAAAGAGAUAAGAAAAAGAAGAAGAAAUUGGAAGAUGAAAAACAGCAAAAAGAUAAUAUCUCGGAUCUUAAGAAAAAAUAUCCUGUCUUAGACAACGGAGAACCUGAUAUCAAAAAGAUUAAAACUCUCAAUCCAAAGGAACAAGAUACUAUCACUUUGACUCUAAAGGAAAUCGGUAACGAACAAUUCAAAUCAAAAAACUUCGAUGAAGCCUUGAAAUUCUAUCAAUACGCAUUAAGUAUCAAAGAAGACCCUGUGUUUUACUCCAACAUUUCUGCUUGCUACGUCUCCUUAAAUGAUUUGGAUAAAGUAGUGGAAUAUUGUAAUAAAGCUUUACAGUUGAAACCAGAUUACUCGAAAGUCCUAUUGAGAAGAGCCUCCGCAUACGAACAAAAGGGUAACUUCGAAGAUGCCAUGUUCGAUUUAUCUGUUUUGUCACUAAAUAACGAUUUCAGUGGCGCAUCCAUUGAACCUAUCUUAGAAAGAAACUUGAACAAACAAGCUUUAAAAAAAUUAACUGAAAUGAUCACUGAACAAUCCGACAAUAAUAGCAAUGCUGAAAAGACUUUGCCUUCUGAUACCUCUUUGGCUUCUUUCUUUAAUAUGUUGAUCCCACCUGAAUUAGAAUUCGAACAUUAUGACGAAUCUUCAGACGCUGAUGUCUCUUUAAAGACUGCUUUAAAUACCUUGUACAAAUUCACACAUUCCGGUUUUGAAGUGGCUUCUAAUGAAUUCCCAAAGAGUGUCGUUGCUUUUAAAGACCUUUUAAGGGAUCUUGAUAAAAAUCAAAACGGAACUGGAAAUGAAAAUAGAGGCGAUCAAAAGAAGAUUCUUCAACAAAAAUUGGCUAUUGCUUUAGAAUAUAAUGGUAUCCUAAAUUUCAUGAAAAAUGAUAUUGUCACUGCUCAAGAUAACUUGAAAGAAUCUAUCGAAUUGUAUCCAAGAGUUAAUGCUAAUAUCUUCAUGGCUAUGAUCUUGGCAGACAAAUGGGCCACCUCCGUCAUGCGUGGCGCUGCCUCUGCCGUUGUCUCUGGUGGCGAAUCUAAUGAACAAAUUGAUAAUGAGUCCUUGAAACAGCAAUAUUUGGCUAAAUUUGAUGAUGCUUUAGCCUUAGAUCCAAACAAUUCUAUCGCAUAUUACCAUCGUGGUCAAAUCAGUUUUAUUGCCCAAGAUUAUGAUUCUGCUAGAAAAGAUUUCACUAAGGCUAUAGAAUUGAAUCCAAAUAAUGUCUUCCCUUAUAUUCAAUUAGCAUGUCUUUCGUAUCGUGAAGAUAAUUAUCCUGAGUGUGAAAAACAAUUCAGCGAGGCAAGACAGAAAUUCCCAUUGGCACCAGAGAUCCCUACUUUCUUUGCUGAAUUAUUAACUGACAAAAAUGACUUAGAACAUGCUUUGAAACAAUAUGAUAUUGCUAUUAAAUUAGAAGAAGCCAUUGCUGAAAAGGAAGGUGGGAAAAUUCAUGUUGGUGUAGCUCCCUUAAUCGGUAAAGCUACUAUCUUAGCUAGGCAACAGCCUGUUACACCGGAAAACUUCCAACUAGCUGUCGAUUUGUUCCAAAGUGCUGUUGAUAAAGACCCAAGAAAUGACCAAGCCAUGGUUGGUUUGGCACAAUUGAAACUGCAACAAGAGGAGGUAGAUACUUCUAUUGAAUUGUUUGAAAAGGCUGCACACUUAACAAGAACCCAUGAAGAAAAAUUACAAGCCAUCACGUUUGCUGAAGCCGCUAAGAUUCAAAAGAGAAUUAGAGCUGAUCCCAUCAUUAGCAAGAGAGUUGAAGAAGCUUUGGCUCAAUAUCGUGCACAAGGAUUGAUCUAA